AUGUAUUAUCCUUAGCACUUUUAUCCUUAAGUAUAUCCAUAAUACAGAUAUCCUCCCUAUGGUGUACUUCCAUAAGUACCAUAGUAAUGGAGACCACCUGUUUACAAUCCUCCACAAUAUAAUUACUCUGGUCUUAGAUUUGCUCCAUCUUAUCCUUACAAUCCAUAUACUUAGACUAUCAUGCCUCAAACAUACCAACCUCAACCAAUGAUGAGUUAAAUUAUGGCUUCACCCUAAAGAACAUUUCAAUCUCCAGAUAGAUUGAAAGUAGCAUAAUCACCAUCAAGAAAUGGACUUAUGCAAUCUCAAUAAGUACCAAGAUCACCAGCUCCUUAAUUUUAAUCACCUUAAAGAUAGUAUCUGACACUAGAAUAAGUUUAAGAGAGAAUUAGAAAUGCUUAGCAACCUUAAGUUUAAAAACCAUAACAGCCAAAUAAGAGUAAGUUCUUAUUUGAUUUUUUUAGUUGCUAAUCAUCCAUAGCCUGGCUAUCAUCCAUAGGCUAGCUAACAAAAGCAAAAAUCACCUACUACAUAGAAAAAGCCAUAAGUUCCAUAAUCUCAACCAGAUGAAGAAUUAGAUAAGAGAUAUUAGAAUGCUCUCAAAAGUACAGAAGAAAUCAUCAAAAAAUAUCAGAUGGAUGAUUCUGGUAGCAAAGGUCGCUAAACUAAUUAAGCCAAUGAACCUUAAGGUGAAGAAGAAGAUGAAAAUAUUCAAGGUAUUUUAAAUAUAAUUAUUUUUAGAAUUGGCAUUGCAAUAUGAAGAUGGAUUUAUUUAUAGAGGAUAAGGAUAUCCACCUUAAACUAGAAACGGAUUUGGUAUUUUAACAGAUUCUGAAGAAAAAUAAGUUUAUGCAGGUUAUUGGAAAGAUAAUCUUUAUGAAGGUCAAGGAAGAUUAACAAAUCUACAAGCUGAAGAAUUAACUGAGCCAAUUGAUUGGAAUAAUUUGACAACUAUUGAGAAUGGAUGGGCUUCAUAUGAAGGUACAUAUAUUGAUAUUAAUUAAUUUAGGUAACUUUUUAUAAGGAAAAAUGCAUGGACAAGGAACACUCAUUCUUACAAAUCAAGAACAAUAUUUUGGAGAAUUUGAAGAUGGAAUAGUGCAUGGAGAAGGAGAAUUUACAACUGCUGAUGNUGUAUUAUCCUUAGCACUUUUAUCCUUAAGUAUAUCCAUAAUACAGAUAUCCUCCCUAUGGUGUACUUCCAUAAGUACCAUAGUAAUGGAGACCACCUGUUUACAAUCCUCCACAAUAUAAUUACUCUGGUCUUAGAUUUGCUCCAUCUUAUCCUUACAAUCCAUAUACUUAGACUAUCAUGCCUCAAACAUACCAACCUCAACCAAUGAUGAGUUAAAUUAUGGCUUCACCCUAAAGAACAUUUCAAUCUCCAGAUAGAUUGAAAGUAGCAUAAUCACCAUCAAGAAAUGGACUUAUGCAAUCUCAAUAAGUACCAAGAUCACCAGCUCCUUAAUUUUAAUCACCUUAAAGAUAGUAUCUGACACUAGAAUAAGUUUAAGAGAGAAUUAGAAAUGCUUAGCAACCUUAAGUUUAAAAACCAUAACAGCCAAAUAAGAGUAAGUUCUUAUUUGAUUUUUUUAGUUGCUAAUCAUCCAUAGCCUGGCUAUCAUCCAUAGGCUAGCUAACAAAAGCAAAAAUCACCUACUACAUAGAAAAAGCCAUAAGUUCCAUAAUCUCAACCAGAUGAAGAAUUAGAUAAGAGAUAUUAGAAUGCUCUCAAAAGUACAGAAGAAAUCAUCAAAAAAUAUCAGAUGGAUGAUUCUGGUAGCAAAGGUCGCUAAACUAAUUAAGCCAAUGAACCUUAAGGUGAAGAAGAAGAUGAAAAUAUUCAAGGUAUUUUAAAUAUAAUUAUUUUUAGAAUUGGCAUUGCAAUAUGAAGAUGGAUUUAUUUAUAGAGGAUAAGGAUAUCCACCUUAAACUAGAAACGGAUUUGGUAUUUUAACAGAUUCUGAAGAAAAAUAAGUUUAUGCAGGUUAUUGGAAAGAUAAUCUUUAUGAAGGUCAAGGAAGAUUAACAAAUCUACAAGCUGAAGAAUUAACUGAGCCAAUUGAUUGGAAUAAUUUGACAACUAUUGAGAAUGGAUGGGCUUCAUAUGAAGGUACAUAUAUUGAUAUUAAUUAAUUUAGGUAACUUUUUAUAAGGAAAAAUGCAUGGACAAGGAACACUCAUUCUUACAAAUCAAGAACAAUAUUUUGGAGAAUUUGAAGAUGGAAUAGUGCAUGGAGAAGGAGAAUUUACAACUGCUGAUGGAUAAGUUAUAAAGGGUAAAUGGGAUCAAGGAUACUUAAUUUAAUUAUCUGAAUAAGAUUGAU